CGCGCGCGCGCGUUCCACGACGAAAAUAUCCCAAGCGAAAUAGUGAUUUCAAACUUCGAAAUAUGAGCUCGUUACAUCGAAUUUUUGAACGAACUUUUUGCAGUGUUGUUCCAGAUUGAAUAGUUACUAUUGUGUUGUGUUGGAAACUGUUGGAUGCUAAUAUAAAAGAUUGCCAGUUCCGGGACGCGUAUUACCGGAAAAAAAUCUUGGAAACGAUCCAAACAGUAGAAAAACAGGAUUCAUAUUUACAAAUGGGGAGAUCUAAAAAAUAACAUUUGGGCUUGGAGGAAGAAGAUAGUCAAAUGUGGUCACAACUUGGUGUUUUAUGUCUAAGUGAUGAUGAUGAUGAUGAACUAGUGAAUGUGCGGACGUGGAGAUGUGAUGACGAUCAUGAAGGAGUGCAAAUCGCGUGUGUUUGUGGUGGUGACGAUGAUUCUGAUGAUCGUCGAUACCAGCGUGGAGAUCGUGGAUUCCAAAGUGAUCCAAGUGUGGUCAGCGCCGGGGUCCACCACCCGUCUACCGUGCGACCUGGCGGCUCCGGCCAGAGAUGUCGCCAUGAUGCUCUGGUUCAAAGAUAGUGACAGGAUGCCCAUAUACACUGUAGACUUCCGAAACGGCCCACCGGUGCACUGGGCAGUAGCCGGCGAGUUCGGCACCAGGACCCACUUCGUGCUGAACGAGUCUGAUCCAUCAUCAGCUCACUUGGCUGUUGAGAAGGUGGCUCGCCAGGAUGAGGGCAUCUACCGCUGCAGGAUUGAUUACGUUGACUCUCCGACCCGGAAUUAUAAAGUCAACUUGACUGUUAUAGUUCCACCCGAGUCCCCUCGGAUAUACGACUCCGAAGGCAGAGAGAUUUUGGGUGCAAUCGCCGGACCUUUCCGAGAAGGUCAAGAUUUAUUGCUCUCAUGUCAAGCAUCUGGAGGCAAGCCUCCUCCCGACGUGUCUUGGUGGCGCGGAGACGAGCGUCUAGCAAUAACAAGAGACGGCUCGGUCUGCCAGCUGCACCUGCCGACGCUCACCAGAGAAAUGGCUGGCACCAGGUUGCAGUGCCGGGUGGAGCCCCCUCUACUGCAGGGUCAAUACCGAGAUGUCACUAUCAAGCUGUUCUUGAAGCCCCAAUUCGUCCGGGUGACAGGCAGCGGUGCGACGAGGGCUGGUCAUGAUAGAUCCUUCGUGUGCACCACGCGCGGCUCCAAGCCCGCCCCCAACAUUGACUGGUUCAUCAACUCGCAGAUGGUGGACUCUACCUUGACUGAAGUGGAGGUGGACGGUGAGGUAACGAAGAGCGUUCUCACGUGGCAUGUGAGGAGAGAGGACAGCGGGAGGCAGCUGGUCUGCCGCGUGUCCAACCCCUGGUUCCCCGCGUACACACUAGAAGACUCACUCAUGUUUGAUGUCAUGUAUCCGCCAGUUGCCCAAAUUUCUCUGGUGGAGCCCAAAGAAGCCAGAAUGCUUCGAGAAGAUGAGAACGCUGAGCUACUCUGUUCAGCUGAUGCAUCGCCGCCUGCUACCAAUUUUACCUUUUAUAAAGAGGACCACCUGAUCCACGACGACCCCAUCGGCGGGAUAUCAGUGGAGGGCAACAAGCUGGUGCUGCGAGGACUGAGGAGGCACCACUCCUCUCGGUACCGAUGUCGCGCGAAGAACUCUGAGGGCAGCGCGCUGAGUGAACCUCUCACUUUGAAUGUUUUGUCGCGACCGGAAUGCUCGGCCGGCAGCGUGGUGCAGCAACUGGCGGGCGCGCCGGGCGGCGAGGUGCGCGCGCGCUGCUCGGUCAGCGCGCCCGCGCCGCGCGACGCCGGCCCGCUGCGCUUCUACUGGACCUUUAAUAGCACCAGGGAUGUUCUGCCUAUACCAGCAUCAAACAUAACAGUAAUGGGUGCGAGCAGUACGGUUGUGCACGGCCUGACGACAGAGGUUGGCGAUGAUUUGGGCUGGUUGGCGUGUUGGGCCAGCAAUGACAUCGGCAAUCAACGGGAGCCGUGUCUCUUCAGGAUCAUGCCUGCGGCCCUCCCAGAACCACCGACAAAUUGCGAGAUUUCCAACACGUUCCUCCACUGUGAGCCGGGCCACGACGGAGGACUUCCUCAGCGGUUCCUCCUCGAGGCGUUGGAGGUACGACCUCCCUCCCAGCCGGAGGAGGGCAAUGAGAUCUCCACGAUGAACGACCAGGGUUUCUCCGCCAGAGGUUUAACAGAGGCGGUGUAUAGAGCCAGCAAUGACGUUACACCACAGUUCACUCUGGACGCUCUGUCUCCGGGACGAUAUACAUUGCUGGUCUACUCUGAAACACCUCGAGGACGGUCACCUAAGCCCGCAGCGCUGCACAGCGUUGCGAUACAGACGACUGAUGAUUUGGAUAGACCGGGUUCGCUCCAAACAAUGACUCCUGCGCCGCCACUCGUUCCCCCAUCAGCGGACAACAGCGUCGCUCUGUUGGUAGGAGCCGCGCUAUCGUUGAUACUGGUGACCAUUCUGACCACUCUGUGCGUAUCACUCGUGGUCAUGUGCAAGAAGAAAGGCAGGCCAAGGCGUGAACCUGAUCAAAGUACAAUAACCCGCCGCAACGUGGGCGUGUCCAUGUACGGUGGGUCAUCACUACCUCCGAGUAUGGUGCCCACAGUGGUGGUAAGAGGUCAUCGAGGGUCACGCGUGCUGGCUGCCAGGUGGUCAGGUGUGCUGGAGGACAUGCCUAUGGCUGUACUGGCGCUGGACACCAGACCUCAUGGUGAUACAGAAUCAAGCCACAGCGAUACUGACCAGCAAGAGGCUCAACUAACAAGACACGUUGAUGGUAUAGAGACUCAGACAGAUUGAAUUAUAUUUGAUAAAGAUUAAACUAAAUAUUAGGAUAUAUCCUUUGGUCUUAGCAACUGUAAGUGGUUUCAAAUUUGCCGUUAUAAUGAUAACGACUGAUGAGGAAUGAGCCUUGGAAACCUAGUCGGAAGAACGCUUGACUUUCAUUACGAAGUCGCGUGUUCAAAUCCAACAUGAACUUAAACCAAUGGUUUUCGAAUUUGUUUUCGUGUUUAUGUUUGGAUUUUAAAUGAUAAUCAGGUGCUCA